CCGGCUACACCAGGGGUCAAAGUUGAAGCUCCCAACAUGGCUGCCGGGUGCACGUUUCUGUUCUUGAGUUCGACCUCCCAGCGGAUUGCAGGACUAGGAGCCAGGUUGUCCGGUGUGAGACUGGGUACUGACCUCCCCAGAUGUCUGCAUACAGCAGCCUGUUUACUGAAGAAGAGCGGUGACAGGCCAUCAGACAGGAGUACUGCAGAAGUGGACCCUGAGCUGGCAGCAGCAGCUAAAGCUGUAGCGGAGCGGCUGGGAGGGGAGAAGGUGGAGUCUGACCUGCUGCAGCAGCUCAGGAGACACGAGGUCACCACGUCUGCGGGGAAGGCCAGUGCUGCAGACAACAGCAGUCUGGGGGACUUGAUUUCUGGCUUACGAGUAGAACGAGGUCCAGGCCAGAAGAACAGAGCUGAGGAGAGGACCGCGCCACUCCCAGGACCCCGAGGGGGAGGGGCAGGGAGGAGGGACCAGCAGUUAAGUGUACUAAGCUUUGUUUCCAGGCCAGAGAUAAAGAACUUUCAUCAGGAAUUCCAGCAGAGGAAACAAACUCAGCCCAGAUCAGAGCAAGUCGGCAGAACAAGUCCAUCUACCAGGAGGUCGUUGUUUGAGGGAAAACGACUAGGAGUCUUCAAGCCGGAGGAAGUAAAAAACUGGCAGGUUGAGGGAAGUACAUUAUGGUGUGAGGAGCAGACAGCAGAGCUGCAGACACAGGUGGAUCUGCCUCCUCGCAAUGGGUUUGAGGAGAUGAUAAAGUGGACAAAGGAAGGCAAGAUGUGGACCUUCCCCAUUCAAAAUGACCAAGGUCUGGAAGAUGAGGCUACAGUUGGUUUCCAUGAACAUGUGUUCUUGGAUGACCUACUGGAGGACUUCCCACAGAAGGGGCCGAUCAGACACUUCAUGGAACUGGUGAUAACCGGACUGUCCAAGAACCCGUACCUGACCUUGCAGCAGAAGAGAGAACACGUAGACUGGUUCAGGAAAUACUUCCAGGAAACAGAGCCGAUUCUCAGAGCUUCCGGUUCCUUGACUGAGUAGAUUGCCUCUGUGACAAUCUCUGGUACUAGUUAGAAACACUAGAUAGUCUUCACUACCAUUACCAUGGUCAUCCAUUUCAACACAAGAUGACACAUGCCAUGCCCGUAGCCAGGAUUUUGAAGGGGGGGGGGUCUUUCCACUGCUUGAGGGACCAGCGAGCACCAAAGGCACAAGGUUCCUAAGGGGGUCGGGGGGGCAUGCUCCCCCGGAAAAUUUUGAAAAAUGAACCUUCUGAAAUGGC